AUGGCUAAUCCCGUCCCUGCCAGCGUUCCGGCGCAAUCACCCGGUCCCGGCAAAGCACCGCUUGCGCUGGGACGCGGGGCGCCCCAGCCCCCCAAGCCACCCCGUGCCGGCGCCGCGACGUCUACACCGGUGGCUGCAGCCCCUCCCGUGCCUGCCGCCACUCCAGUCCAGUCUCCCGUCAGCGCGGCUCCGGUAGUGCCGUUCCUGCCCGCCGAGCCAGCAGCCACCCCAGCCCUGCUUACGAGCUCCCAGUGGCUGCACGCCGCGGUCCAGCCACCGACUAGCCCACCGCUCGCCAUGCCCCGCCAGCCCCAGCAAACCACACUGUACCCGCAGCAGCCCAUGCCAAUUCCACUGCCUCCUCUCCCCCGCUUCUCCCUUGCCCCAAUCCACAGGCUUUUCAGCCACUCACCCACCCUCAAUGUCACCCGAACGGAACUUCUGAGACCCCCCACGACACAGGGAACUCCCCCCAUGCCUGUGAGAGAACCCAAGGGAGCAACCAACUUCCAUUCCCGGGGCCAAAAGACGUAUGAUAUGACUGUGACGUCAGCCCCCGUGUCAAGCAUCCCUCUGAUGGUGAUCAACUUUUCGUCACAGGUCAAUUGA